UGGUCUCUUGCCAGCACAUUCUUGGGACCAGACGUUAUAUCUGCUGUCCACUCGCCAUCAACCCCACAUAAAAAGCUGCCCAUUGUCUUCAGCAGCUGCUGUUUGACUCUCUUCACCUCCAAAGACGCUCAUUUACAGAAGUUGAAGUGAGGAGCACGACAGAUCCAGAACGAUGAAUCCCAGAGGGGAAAAGCCGAAGUCGAAGAUUUCGGCUUCUCGCAAGCUCUCCCUCAAAAUGCUGCUCCUCACAAGAGCCUGUGAGGAUUUGGAGAAGGAGAGGCAAGAGAGGGAGGAGGAGAAAGUACGCUAUUUAGGAGAAAAGUUGCCUCCGUUGCAACUGUCUGGAAAGUCCCUGCAAGAACUACAAGAACUGUGCAAGCAGCUUCAUACAAAAAUUGAUAUUGUGGAUGAGGAGAGAUAUGACUGUGAAUCCAAAGUGAGCAAGCAUAACAAAGAUAUCCAUGAGCUGAAGCUGAAGGUACAGGACCUUGGGGGCAAGUUCAAAAAGCCUGCCCUGCGAAAAGUGAGGGUGUCAGCAGACGAGAUGAUGAGAGCCCUCCUGGGCUCCAAACACAAAGGUUCAAUGGACCUCAGAGCCAACCUCAAGUCUGUGAAGAAAGAGGAUGUGAAACAGGACAAGGUGCUUACCAGUGAAGUAGGCGACUGGCGUAAGAAUGUGGAGGCCAUGUCAGGUAUGGAGGGCCGUAAGAAGAUGUUCGACACAGGCGGCGGAGCACAGUGAGAUCACCUCUGAAAGCAGGAAAAGUUAAGCUGUCUAGACAGAAAAAGUGGAAUACCUAAUGGGAGACAAAUUGACCCAAAAGCUGCUGGAGUUUAGUUUGAGGUAAAAGCAAGUAUAAAUCCCACCUGUGCUGCAUUUUACCUGAUAGUCACUCAGUUUAACAACUCAAUGCACUUAAAGUGUAAAAUAAAAGUGUAGAAGCCCAUGUUUUGUUUUGUUUUUGUUACCAAAGAAUAUUUUGUUUUGUUAUGUCACCUUAAGACAAUUAAAGAGGAUUUAAAUGAA